AUACUUUUUGUUUCAGAAUCUAAGAAUCUCAUGCAUAGUAAUUACGGAAAAGAUUUUUUUUUAUAUUUGACAUUUCUAGUAACAAUCUGCAUCAUCUCGUAUUCGAUGAUUAAUCCAACUAAUUAUUAUCUGAAUUCUGCUUUGGAAAAAAUAUUUAUAAGAUCGCAACUGGAUGAUGAAGACGAUAGAGAUUUUACUGAAACAAAAACAAUCAGAGAUUUUUGGAAGUUUUUAGAACAUGUUCUAAUUAAUAAUCUCUAUUGGGAAUCUUGGUAUAAUGGUGAACCUCUUGAAAAUAACGAAGGAAUAUACUACACAACACAGUUACUGGGCACUCCCAGACUAAGACAGCUUCGUGUUAAGAACGAUUCAUGCAAAAUCCACGAAGAAUUUAAAACAAGAGUCAAAGAAUGUUUUUCUCCUUAUAGUUUAUCUGCCGAAGAUACCAAACCAUUUGGUCUAAUGAAUGGAACUGC